UGCUUCCCCCACUUCCUCUCUCAAAGAACCCCAGAUCAAUUGUUCCAACUUCUCUGCAUUAAAGAACCUUUAUUAUUUUCACAAUGGCAGCAAACGGUACCAACGGCACCAAUGGUGCGAAGAGCAACACAAGCAAAUUCGACCCCAACUUCACACAAAAUGUCAUCAACCUCAUGAGCGCCGAGACAAAGCCCCGCCACAGAGAAAUCCUUACCUCAUUAAUCACACAUCUGCACGACUUCUGCCGCGAGGUCGAGCUCACACAGGAUGAAUGGAUCAUUGGCGUUAACUACGUUAAUGCCAUCGGUCAAGCCUACAAGAAGAACCGGAACGAAGCCUGGAGGGUGUGCGAUAUCCUUGGUGUCGAGUCGCUCGUAGAUGAGAUCAACCAUACUGUCGUUACCGAUGUCGAGCACAAGUUGACCCCGACCCCCUCUACCAUCCUCGGACCUUUCUGGUCGCCCGAGACACCUUUCCGCGAGAACGGCGACAGUGUAGUUCAAGACAUGCCCAAGGAUGGAUCGGGAGAGCUUACUUUUUUCCACGGUGUCAUCCGCGACGUUGAUACAGGAAAGGGAAUCCCCGGUGCUGUGUUCGACAUGUGGCAGGCGAGCACCAACGGCAAAUACGAUGUCUUCGAUCCCGAGAACCAGACUCGACACAACCUCCGCGGCAAGUUCAAGAGCGACGAAGAAGGAAAAUUUUGGUUCUACUGCUUGAAGCCUACUGAGUACGCUAUCGACACUUCUGGACCCUCCGCCGACCUGCUCAAGAUCAUGGGCCGCCACCCAUGGCGUCCCGCUCACAUCCACGCCAUGAUCACACACGACGACUACAUCCCCGUGACUGUUCAGCUAUACCCUAACGACGACCAGUACCUCGAGACAGACACUGUUUGCGCAGUCAAGGACGACCUCCUCUUGGACUUCAAGCCCGUUAAAGACGAGAAGAAUGGUGCUGUUCUCGACGUGGAAUACGAAGUUCGUCUGUUGAACAAGAAGUACAAGCCGGACGCGUCCACCUUGAUGGGCAACGCCAACCAGGACAACUUCAAGGACAACAUCGAGUCAAAAAUCUAGCAAAAUCGGAUUGAGACUAAUUACGUGGGACGACUUUUGUAUAGCGCUCGAGACCCCUUUUACUUUCAUGUAUAUACCAGACUAGCAUUGGAAUCGCAGUC